AUGGAAGCACUUUUGAUUCCUGAAAUUAUUCCCUUUGGGCAACAUCAAAUGGAAGGCAUGAUGUGCUGCAGCCCACUCUCUACAUUUGGCGAUGACUUCACAUUAAUAUUACGCGAAAAUACACAGACUCAGCAAAACGAGAUCCGUGAAGGAAAAACAGAGAAAUCAAUGGAGCUUCUUGCUGAAGACUCGGAAGAGGAAAAGACAAAACCAUUCGCAUUGACAGAUGACACAUUUAUGAGAAGCAAAGAAAACACGGCGACAGAGGACAAGGAGGUUAAAAUGCAUCCGGAAAAGAAGUACACCAAGAAAUCUAAAAUUCCUGAUGACAUCUCAGAAAAAUACGGCUGCCAGCCACACAAAACACCCAGAAAAAGGGAAAAAUUAGAGAAAAAAAGGAAAAAAUGGAAGCCAUUAUCAAAUGAAGAAAUGGGAUUUAAAGUCUCUUUAUUCCCAAGGCCAGUAUCUGACAAUAUCAAUAUUGAUGCUGAUGCAGCGAAACUUUUUGAUAAAAUUGAGAGUGAAUGUGAUGAGCGGGAAAGCUUUACUGUGAAAUUUGAAAAAUUUCAAUGCAUGGAGGGAUCAUGUAAAAAUAUUAAAGUAGUAAUUCGUGCUGAUCGCGACAGAAAGGUGGAGAAAGCGUAUAAACAAGUGAAAACCAAAUACUGUCUUAGUGUGAAAAAUAAUAAUGGGCGAAAACAUCUGCAUAUUAAUCACAGAGUUUAUAAACUAAUGAUAAUGGAAAUAACAACAAGUCUGAAUUAUAUACCAAGCAAGAAAAAAGAGAAGAUCAUCAUAAGCAGAGAACUUAAGAAAAUCACUACAUCUUCCUCGAAACAGAAAUCCAGUAGGCCUGAUGUAAUAGCCCCACGCCCCCCACCUCAGAAUCUGGCCUUUGCCCUGGAUAAUAACAAUGCCGCUUCUGACAUCGACAGUGCUAUAGUGAACAUUCUGAUUGGUCUACAACACAGGGAUCUGACCCCCGAGGACUACGAGUUGCUGCUGAGACUCGAUGAACAGGUGGCUCCUAAAACCGUGUCCUCCAACACGGUGGAAAACUUCAAAACCGAGACAAUUGAUGCAGAUGUGGCUGGUGAACUUUGUGCCAUUUGUAUGGAGGUCUAUGAAAUCGGACAGACUCGUAAAUUUUUACCCUGUGAUCAUGCUUUCCACUCUAAAUGUAUCGAGAUGUGGCUAAGCAACUCCUCGGUAAACUGUCCAAUUGAUAAUUUACCAGUGGAGCCAUCAUAACAAGACCUGUACUUACAGAUUCUUAAUGUUAAGAAUUAUAAACUGAUUUACACUGAGUAAAACAUUUGUAUUUCUAUCAUAUCUAUUAGUAAAGCUAAAAAAUUAUAUACAAUGUAUAUCAUACACAUUGAGUAUCAUGUUAAAGAAUAACUUUGUUUUCAGAUUUUUAAAUGGCAAUAGCCAUGAUGUAAUAAAGAUGAAAAUUUA